GGGCCGGGCUGUUAACAUCCAACCACCUGACCCUUACCUUCCCUGACAUCUGCCAUUGGGGAGAGUUAGGAUGCCACCAUACACAUUGGAUGGUAUGCCAGUCUCCCCAAACUUGGCGGGUUUGGGAAACCUUUAUCUAAUAUGUAUAGCCAGAAUUGCACUUUGUAAUAAUAAGUUGUUCUCAAUGACCACCAACCUCCUAGAUCAGCACUUUCUUAGGGAGCCUAUAACAAGUCUCAACUAUUGUGCAGUGAAUCAUGUUGUAGACACUUGGACUGUAAGCCUGGCAGCACGUUGUUUGCUGAAGAAAAGUCCAGGCAAUGGCUGACCCUUUGGAUGUAACCUGCACGGCCCUUGACCUUUGUCGUGACUGUGGACAGCCACACGUGUCCUCAGAAAACCACAUCUACAACUUCCAAGAUGAGGUGGACGAUGAGCUGGUCUGCCACAUCUGCCUGCAGCCAUUGCUCCAACCUAUGGACACUCCAUGUGGUCACACUUACUGCUACAAGUGCCUAAAAAAUUUUCUACAUGAGAAGGACUUUUGUCCUAUGGACCGAAAGAAAUUGUGUUUCCAGGACUGUCACAAAUCUAGCCUGUUGGUGAGAAAUUUGCUAGAUAAAUUGACUGUCAUCUGCCCCUUCCUGGUUGACUGCAAACAAGUGAUGCAGCGAUGUGAGCUGGAGCCCCACUUACGUAACAGAUGUGCAGGCCUCAGAAAAUACAGAGCCGAAAGAGAGAAGAAGAUCACCCCCAUCAAAGAUCCCAGUGAGGCUGAUGCAUCCCAGCCAAGUGACAUUGCUAGUGUUCUAGCAGAAUCUUCACUGGCUGCUGUGGUUUCUCUGGGGACAUCUGAGCCAGGACUGGUGAAUCCAGCAUUUGAUGAACAUGAUGACGAUCAACCUCACAGGACUAGUCUAGUAGCUGAGACAAGUACAAUCGAGAUACAUCGUGAUGACCCUGAAGAGGAGCUGGGCAUGCGGAUUGUUGGGGGUAGAGAUACUCCUCUGGGAAAUAUUGUGGUACAGGAAGUGCUUAAAGAUUCCUUGAUUGCAACAGAUGGUCGGCUUAUGCCAGGAGACCACAUUCUGGAGGUUAAUGGAAUAAACAUUACUAAUGUGUCCCACAGCCAAGCAAUUGUCUUGCUCCGACAGCCUUCUUCUGUCCUAUGCCUCACUGCCCUGCAAGAGAAAGGUUUUUCACAAAGAGCUCAACGAGCAGAGGGAACCACAGCAGCUAGUGCAUGCAAAGAAGUGAUCCAAGUUACUCUACUGAAGCGGGAUCGUUCAGAACCUCUAGGGAUCAAGCUGGUUAGGAAAACAGAAGAGCCAGGUGUUUUUGUUCUAGAUUUAUUAGAUGGUGGCCUCGCUGCAAAAGAUGGAAGACUAAAGUGUAAUGAUAAGGUCUUAUCUAUUAAUGGUCAUGAUCUCCGGCAUGGAACUCCUGAGACAGCAGCACAGAUUAUCCAGAUGAGUGAGGCACGGGUUAACUUUGUUGUCCUUAGACAAAGCAUUGUGCAGCCAAUGAUAGUCAAUGAAGAAGGAACUUCAUCUGGAAGUAGCAGUAGUAGUAGCAAUGGCGAAAGUCCUGUCCAUGCACGGAAGAGGCCAAGUCUACAGCCAUGUAGAAGGAAGUCCACACAGAGGGACCAGCCUCAAGCAAAUUUAUUAAUGGAGAAAACAGUCACUCUGAAGAAAGAGCCAAGAGAAUCUUUGGGGAUUACCAUAGGAGGAGGACGAGAUCAUAAAAACAAACUUCCCAUAUAUGUCUCCAGUGUACAGCCGGUGGGGUGUCUGUUCAGAGAUGGCAGAAUAAAGAAAGGUGAUGUGCUACUCAGCAUCAAUGGGGUGGACUUGACUGGUCUGAGUUAUCUGGAUGCGGUGUCUGCACUAAAGUCAAAUGCUGCAUCACACACUGUGGUCCUAAAAACUCUGGAAUUAGUCGGUAUAGAGAGACAUGGAGAGGCUACAGAAGGAGGUGGUGAAGUGACUAGAGACCCUGGUGGCAUAUGGUCUCCUCUCUGGAUCCACUGGUUUAGUCUUCCCAACUCCCUGCACUGGUGUCGGCACAUUUCAUUACGGAAGAGUACCUUUGAAAGCUGGGGGUUCAGCAUUGUUGGAGGUUAUGAAGAGAACAAGGGAAAUCAACCCUUCUUCAUCAAAACAAUAGUGCCUGCUACAUCAGCUUUUUUUGAUGGACGAUUAAAGUGCGGAGAUGAGAUAGUUGAAGUGAAUGGCGUGUCUGCCCUUGGCAUGAGCAAUGCAGAGCUGAUCCCCAUGUUAAAAGAGCAGAAGAAUAGAGUCACCCUGACUGUCGUCUCCUGGCCUGGAAGUCUGGUGUGAUUGCAGUAGUUCACUUUUUUUUUUUUUUUUUUUGUAAAAUCUAUGAGCCUUUUGCACACUUUUCGGCUGGAUUUUUUUUUGUGUGUUUUUUUGUUUUUUUGACUUCUACUCAUUUCCCUUUUGUGUGUGAAGUUUUUGUUUUAUGCUCUAAUUUUUAGUUUAUGUAAAAUGUAGAUAUUUGUAGUAUAAACGCAAAGUUCUCUUAAUCCUGGGGUGAUCAGUGCAGUGAUGAAAUACAAUGAUCAGAUUACAGUUUGCAGAAAUUAUACUGUAGUAUUAUGAGAUGAAAUCUCAUGAUGAUUUUGCACUUUCACUAAAUUUCCCAACGCCUGACAUUGCUUACCUCUUUUUUAUCUUUAAUUGUUAACUAUUACAAUUAGAGAUGAGCGAACUUACAGUAAAUUCGAUUUGUCACGAACUUCUCGGCUCGGCA